GGCACAGAAGACUGAGAAAGAGGAUCCAUUGAAUUGUCUUGGAAAACAAGUUUGGUGGAUUAUGGAGCCAAGGAGAGAAGAAAGACUGAAGAGAUCAAAUCCAGACAGCUCUUAAUAAAUCCAGACACCCUGACACACAUAUGAAUGCACCAGAAAGCUCAGCUUGCUCAGGACAUCCUUCCCUAAAAAGAAGAGGAAAUGACCGAGUUCGAGGGACUAGUGACAUUCAAAGACGUGGCCAUUGAUUUCACCCCAGAAGAAUGGAAGCAACUGGAUCCUACUCAGCGGAACCUAUAUCGGAAUGUGAUGCUAGAAAAUUAUAACAACUUAAUCACAGUAGGCCCACCACUCACCAAACCUGAUGUGAUUUUCAAGUUGGAGCAAGAGGAAGAGCCAUGUGUAGUGGAGAAAGAAGUGUUAAGGAGACACUGUCCAGGAGAGAUUUUGGGAAUUGAUGAGCACCAGAAAACCCAGGACAGACUCUUGAGACAAGUUUUCAAGGGAACAUUUAUGACUAAUGAAGCUGAUGAAUGUCUUAAGAAAUUUGCAAAUACAUUUUCUCCAAACACAGACUCCAUUCCUUCCAGACACAAUCUCUCUGAUCGUGACACCAAUUUUGGUGAUCAUGGUAACGUAAAACACCCGUUGCCAGAGGAACAUUCUGAAUAUGAUGAUGCUAUGCAACCAUCUUACACCAGCUCGCCCCACUUUGUACUGACCCCCUUUAAGUGUAACCAUUGUGGAAAAGGCUUUAGUCAGACCUUGGACCUCAUUAGACACCUGAGAGUUCAUACAGGAGGGAAACUCUAUGAAUGCCACCAGUGUGGGAAAGGCUUUAGCCUCAAGGAGAAACUUAUCAACCAUCAUAAACUUCACAGUCGGGAGCAGUGUUACGAGUGUAACGAAUGUGGGAAAACUUUCAUCAAGAUGUCAAAUCUCAUUAGACAUCAAAGAAUUCACACCGGCGAAAAACCAUACGUGUGCCAGGAAUGUGGGAAAUCCUUCAGCCAGAAAUCUAAUCUCAUUGAUCACGAAAAAAUUCACACUGGUGAGAAGCCUUACGAAUGUAAUGAAUGUGGGAAAUCCUUCAGCCAGAAACAAAGCCUUGUUGCACAUCAAAAAGUUCACACUGGGGAGAGACCGUACGCGUGUAACGAGUGUGGCAAAGCCUUCCCUCGAAUUGCUUCCCUUGCUCUUCACAUGAGAAGUCACACGGGAGAAAAACCAUAUAAGUGUGAUAAGUGUGGAAAAGCCUUUUCUCAGUUUUCCAUGCUUAUUAUACACGUGAGAAUCCACACUGGUGAGAAGCCUUACGAGUGCAGUGAGUGUGGAAAAGCCUUCUCUCAGAGCUCAGCACUAACUGUUCAUAUUAGAAGCCACACGGGCGAGAAACCUUAUGAAUGUAAGGAAUGCAGAAAAUCCUUCAGUCAUAAGAAAAACUUCAUCACCCAUCAGAAAAUUCAUACUCGAGAGAAACCUUAUGGAUGCAAUGAGUGUGGGAAAGCCUUUAUCCAGAUGUCAAACCUUGUCAGGCACCAGAGGAUCCACACUGGAGAAAAACCUUAUCUAUGUAAGGAAUGUGGCAAAGCCUUCAGCCAGAAGUCAAAUCUCAUUGCUCAUGAAAAAAUUCACUCUGGAGAGAAACCCUAUGAAUGUAACGAGUGUGGGAAAGCCUUCAGCCAGAAGCAAAACUUUAUUACACAUCAGAAAGUUCAUACGGGAGAGAAGCCUUACGAUUGUAAUAAAUGUGGGAAAGCCUUUUCUCAGAUUGCUUCCCUUACCCUCCAUCUGAGAAGUCACACGGGAGAAAAGCCUUAUGAGUGUGAUAAGUGUGGGAAAGCCUUUUCCCAGUGUUCACUGCUCAAUUUACACAUGAGAAGUCACACUGGGGAGAAGCCGUACAUAUGUAACGAGUGCGGGAAAGCCUUCUCUCAGAGAACUUCGCUCAUCGUGCAUAUGAGAGGCCAUACCGGGGAGAAGCCCUAUGAAUGUAACAAGUGUGGGAAAGCCUUCUCCCAGAGCUCAUCCCUCACUAUACACAUCCGAGGUCACACGGGCGAGAAACCCUUCGACUGCAGCAAGUGUGGGAAAGCCUUCUCUCAGAUCUCUUCUCUCACACUUCACAUGAGGAAACACACAGGAGAGAAGCCCUAUAACUGUAUUGAGUGUGGCAAAGCUUUCAGCCAAAAGUCGCACCUUGUCAGACACCAGAGAAUCCACACUCAUUAGAGACCCUGUGAACACUGUGAAUGUGAGGACUGCCUUCUAACGAACAGCUCACAGCACAUGACAUGAUGAGUCUAGUACUGACUGUAGGAGAGCCUUGUGAAGAACCCAUGCAGUUGUUAGAGAAUUCUCGCUUCGGUCACCAAUUGUAUAAGAAAGCUGGGAAACCGUGAACAAACACCCACUGAUGUCAGUAUUCUCAUUCAAACCUGAAGGAAAUAUCUGCUGUGAAUCAAUGCACUCCUUGAGCUCCUUGUCGAUAUAUUAAUCAAGAGAUGGAGAUUGGAAAAAGCAAGAACAAUAACUUUUAUAGGCCACAUGAGACUAUGGGGAAGUAGGUUUUGUAUGAUGAUGUGUCAGGAAGAAAGUCUAAGAUAAUUAGAUGACAUGCAUACAAACUUACAAAAUGUGCUGACGAAUGCAGAAGACCACCUGACAAAGCAAGUUAGAAAGUUAUAAAAGUUCAUGUAUCUUUCCAGUUCUCUUCCUUUUCUAUACUUCCACUCAGAAUUUACAUGUCACUUGCAAAGGAGUUCAUGAACUGAUUUCAGAGUGAUAUGGCAAGGGAAAGGACCACAAAUAGCAAAAACAAAAAAUUCAUCAAAAAACAAACAAAACAACAAAAAAACAAUUUUUUUUUUUUUGACAAAACUACUAGGGAACAUGCCCACUCACUACUAGAUUUUAAAUUAUUUAAAGUUUUUCUUAUUUAAACUCUUUUGAGUGAAUAAACUUUUGGAAAGAAAUUGAAAUCCAAGACUCAGCAAUUUUUAUAUGAGUAGUGCUAUUAAAAUCAUUGGAAUAAGUCUAGCCUGUUCAAUAUGUAUACAAGUCACGUGACCCAAACAUGUUACUUCUUAACCAUAGAUAUACAGAAGCCAUCAGGCUGAUGAGACGGCCCCACUGAUGGGUGCUUGCUGCCAAGCCUGAUAGCUGACUAUGACCCCCAGAAUCCACAUGGCAGAUGAAAAGAACUGACUCGCACAAUUGUCCUCCGACCUCCAGUGGCAUGCCAUGGCAUGCAUGUACACACACACACACACACACACACACACACUCCAAAUAGGAAAGGUAAAAUUCUAAAAUCAUGCUGGAAAUGAAGUAGAACAUGUUGCUUUAGAGUAAGAGUUUUUAAAAAACCCACAAACAUGGAAUAGUCUAUGUUCUCUUAGUGUAUUGGACUCAGAAGUAUCCAUGUAUGUCUGCAAAGAUUUAUCUCUAAGUGUUCCCGGAUUCGUGGUUUGGUUUGCUCUAAGGUAUGCAACAUUAUCAUCAAUGUGUCGAUUUCUAUGAUAGGACACUGUUCUUUAUUUAAAAUAUACAAAGUUCACAUGUAGUUACAUGGCUAGAUCACAAUAUUUUGAGAGGAAAACCCAAAAUAUUCAACUAACCAUGGUAUAAUAUUUGUAAGUUAAUAAAACAGUUCAAAGA